UCUAGUCCCCGGUGCUCCAAGCAGAGGGUUCAAAAAGAAGAUAGCGGUCCAGACUACGUCACGCCCCCUGCGCCUUUUUUCCGCUUUUCUCUUAAACGUCGCGGAGCUGUCUCCCUUUCAGCGCACCAGUUGAUCCACGGAGGAGUGCCGAGCCUCGUCAGACCCAUUUUCGGACACGUUGACCGGUCAGAGAAGAAAAGCAGGAGAAGGCAGCCUCUCCUCGGGAUAAUUUUCCUAUUUCUCCUUUUAUUUUUCGCUUGGAAUAACCUCCGUCCUCGUGCCGGUUCGCCAGGAAUCCGCACCAACGGACGAAGCGGCAUUGAGCCGUUAUAUAAGGCGAGUAACGGACAAGGAUGAGACGGCGUCAGUGAGACAGUGAAGCGGCUCAAUCGUCUGGCCGGGCUUGGCGCUAGAAAGGCGGCGGAAACGCUGGAGCUCACGUUGAAUUGGUUGAUAUAUGUGCGCUCAGUCACGGUAUAGGCCGGUUCAUUCAGGUACCCAGCUAGCCUGGACGCCGCUGCCAAUGCUGGUCCAUCCACUAUUGUGUGCGUUAGAUUUAGCUAGGCGGCUAACGGGGACGCGUUGCUGCCGCAGAUGAGCCGUGUGCGUAGCGGAAUGAUGAUCAGAAGAAACCCCCAGCAGACUGACGCGAAUGGCCCAAAUUGAUUAUCAAAACCUAUUCACGAUUUGGUUUGUGUGAUUUAUCAAAUCCAGCCACACAAUCGGUGUGUCUGGUCAGACCUGGUGGGCCCUGCUAUCAUUCAUGAAACUGUCCUCAACGCCAAGAAAGGGCCCAUGUCUUAAUUUGGAAAACAAAGAAUUAGGCUACUGAAGAGGGUAACGUUAAGCUGGUUAGAUAAGCUUGUUUUAGUUGAGCUAGCAAGCUGACCGACCAAUCAGUCGCGCAGUCUGGACUCUGCUGGACUCCAUCUGUUGGGGUAAUUUAUCCCGUUUCUGUUAUUUCUGCGCCGCGCCACAAUGGAUGGUCACGCCGGGAGCGCAGGGCCGGUGGAAGUGGAGCCCAUGCCAGGAUACUUGGAGCUCAUCACCAAAGCGUCCACCGUCAUUCUGGGCGCAUGGAGAGACUGUAGCAACUGCGGUCUGGAGCUCUCCAAACGGACUCUCUUGGAUAAUGCCUACAUUACCUGGACCGAGAUCGCCCUGUUUUUCUUUUGCGCCUUUUUGUGGACGCAGGUCAGGCGAGGACUGACAGAAUGUCUGUUUCAGCCUCUUGCCCAGUGGUGGAGGCUUCUGCCCAAAGAUGCUGCCAAGAUGCCGGAGAGCGCGUGGAAGCUGGUCUUCUACACCAUGUCAUGGUCCUACAGCACCUACCUGCUCUUCUUCACCUCCUAUUCCUUCUUCCAUGACCCCCCCUCUGUCUUCUACAACUGGAAGAGUGGUAUGUCAGUGCCUACGGACAUCGCCAUAGCCUACCUGAUCCAGGGCAGCUUCUAUGGCCACUCCAUCUAUGCUACGGUCUACAUGGACGCGUGGAGGAAGGACUCUGCUGUCAUGGUGGUGCACCACAUCAUCACGCUGGCACUCAUUUGCUUCUCCUACGCCUUCAGAUACCACAACGUGGGUAUCCUGGUGUUAUUCCUGCACGACAUCAAUGACAUUCAGCUGGAGUUCACCAAGCUUAAUGUCUACCUAAAGUCCAGAGGGGGGGGUUAUUUCCUGCUCAACGACAUCCUGUCCAACAUGGGUUCUGUCAGCUUCAGCAUCACUUGGUUCUGGUUCCGUCUCUACUGGUUCCCUCUCAAAGUUCUGUACGCCACAUGUGUGUCCAGCCUCCAGUCUGUACCCAGCAUUCCCUUCUACUUCUUCUUCAACGCUCUUCUCCUCGCUCUGCUGCUCAUGAACAUCUACUGGUUCUUGUUCAUUGUGGUUUUCGUAGUGAAGGUGCUAAAGAUGAAGGAGGUGAACGAUGUGAGGGAGUACGAGGACGAGGACAGCGGCAAGGCAAGAGACCAUCAGGCAAAAAACCACGAAGGCGAUGAUGCUGGACAUCACAACUCUGCCCAGGGCAUCUGUCCUUGGCUCAGCGGGUUGAGAGUCCCUUCCUCCUCACCAGAAGGCAGGAAGCACGUGCAGAACGGCAUCACCAAGGAGAAGCAUCUAUAACCAGCUCUCCGUCGCCACCACCUGGCACUAGGCUAUAAGUGCGCGCAAGACAAGGCGUCCUCCUUGCCCAGCCCACGUCCAAAGCGUGACUGGAGGGAAGAGCGUCACGAAAAGAAACGGAAGGAAAAUACCAUCAUGUUAGGCUGCGUAGAAUUUUUAUCCUCUUUGUUUUAGAACAUUUCAUCACUGUCAUUUUGUUUGUUUCAUUAGAGCACUGUGAAUGUUAUUUCAGCUGACCUUUUUUUUUUUUUUGUCUUACUGUUGUGGACUUUACAUUUGAUAGAAACAAACCAGUAGGAGUGAGAGUCGGACGGUGACUGUACAGUAUUACAGGGUGUCAUAUUCAUCACCAUUAACAGCCCCGCAGCACCCAGACAAGAGAAGGUCUACGUAGAUCUAUGGGUGCAUAGAUCUGAGGUGACCUUCAGUAAGCUGGCAACAAGCAAUAUGCUAAUUCUCUCGGAUGUGUUUCCUCACAAGCCCCUUACCUGCUCCUUCAAACUCCGUCCACCCUCCUUGAAUUAAGAUAUGAGGAGAAAAGGCUGUGGUGCUGCUUCACCACAUGUAUUGAUUUUCAUAUCAUUGCACAUGUCAGCAGCGGUGGCGUCCUCACCGCUCUGCACCCAUUAGUUUGAACUGAAAAGCCAGGUAUGUGUGUGCGUGCGUUAGGUGUUUCGGGAAGCGGAGAACGCGUGAAAAUCAUUCGUUUUGUCUCUCGUGCUGAUGAUCAACAGGCGUUGGGAAUAUUCACCUGUCAUUCCUCUAUGGAAAAAGCAUUGUUCUUUUGUUAGUUUUUUUUUUUUUUUUUUUCUCUCAGUGUUUGUGUGUCGCAAAAGCAUCUGUCGCUGCGCUGACAUGAAGGCGUACAAGCUGACUGCUGGUUUAAUGACAGCAAAUAGCUCGAAUUGAUUGACUGGGUUUCAUCCUCAUGAUUUAAUUUGUUGUGUUCUAAUCACGUUUAUCAGUGGUUCACGGGUGGUGGCGGAUAUAGCGUUCACGGGAAAUUACGACAGUAGCCCAGAACUUAUUUGUAAAGAUACAAAUCAGUAUGGUUAAAAACAAAAUCAAAAAAACAUUAUGUAUGCUCACAUUAUGGUAUUCAGGAAUGCAUGACGUUGGAAUGAUUUAGGAAAUAUGCUAUGAAAUCUUCAAAAAAAAAAAAUCCUCAAGCUAUGUAAUCGUAACGUCAUUAUUAAUGUCUAAAACUCAUCCUAAAGGGCUCUUUUCUGGAGCAGCAAUGACCACUCAACUCACAGUGUAAUGUGUACAUGUCUGUCACCAGUUUGUGACAGGCCUUCCCGUGGACUUUAAAUGUGGGUCUUGAAGUGGUGGCUCCAAAGAAAAAGCUUCCUCGACACACAUUUGAAAACCGGAAGGAAUCAGAUUCAGGCUCAUUCUUCGCCGUGAGAGGAGAUUCUUAAUUUGGCCCCUUUUUAAAUGAAACUCCAGUAAAAGGGAACCGUUUCAUUUCCCCUUCACCCCGCUGGUUUAACUGAGUGUGUGUUAAUAGAAACAGCUGCUGCACCUGUAGAAAAUAAGGGAUGUUUCUACUCUUUCUCGAUCAAAUUCAAGCUCUUGUUUGGAUGAACAGCAUGCUUGUGAUGCUGGAGCAGGCCGCAGAUGUCGUCUGUCCAUAGAAAAAGCGCUUGUCUGUUUUGGUUUGUCUGUCUUCCACAGUCCUCACAUCAUGGGGGACGUUAAAACUAACUUUUAAUUUUACAUUAAACUAUAAUUAUUAUGGCUGUAGUUCACCUCAUCCUUGAUUUGAUAGAUAUAUAUAAUUAUUAUUAUUAUUAUUUUUUUUUUUUUGAAUUGCUGCUGUUAUUUUUCCUGUGAGAGCACUGUUUGUAUUCCAGAUGUGUUGUUUUUUCUGCUGUGUGUGAGUCGGUGGUAGUUUCCUCUGAUCAGAUAUUUUCAGGGACCAGGGAGAGUCGUCUUUUUUUUUUAUUUUUUUUUUUAGUUUUAGUUUUCUUCAUCCAACAUUGCAAACGUCUGGAUUCAGUCUCUCCAAAUUCUUCCUUCCGAUCUCGAUGCUGGCUCACCCCCAUUUUCCCGCCACCCUUACACAUCUGUACUGUAGGUGACAUGGUCCAUCCACCAUGUCGCUGUUUUUCCUGUUCAACUGUGAGACUAAAUGAUCCAUUGUUUGCUGAUAUUUUUGUUAUAUGAUGACAGAAUUAAAAUCUGAACAGAGAGGGAAGUUGGCAGUGAGCCCACAAAGACCUGUGAUCUGGAUUUGGUGUGACUUAUCCCUAAAGUCUGACAUGAUACUGAGUUUCCAACUCUCCCAAUGUGAUGUACAAAAAGUAACUACUACGAGGGACGGGCGAUGUGUCUGCCACUAGUCAAGGCUAUUACAUCAUGGAUGCUUUGACGCCUCGGGCUAAACUUGUUAAGACAGUGAGCAGAUUUAUGACAGCACUGAGUUCUUAUAUGAUUUACAGAAUGACCCACAAUCGAACAUGUUAUUUUUUCCAACUUCUCAACUGCUUUGUCAGGAGAAACAAAAGCUCUUAUUCACCAUCAGCUCUAAUUAGAAAAAUAAUAGCCAUAUUGGCCCACACCUGAAUUGAAAAAAAGAAGAAAAAAACACUUUGAGCUUGUCUAUUGUUUUUAAAUUUAUUUAUUUCCUUCUUCUAUAGAUUUGGCGGAUUAUUCCUGAAGCUUGUGACGUGGCAUUGACUCACAGUUGAGGUCAUCGUUGGCCAAAACGUGUUGCAUCAGUUCAGUCAGACCCCGCGAAACAAUGAUAGAGGGGAAAAACAGAUGAAAAAAACAGCUUAUUUCCACAGAUUAAGAUGAGGGGGGGGAAGUUCUGGUACAGACCAUGUUAUUGCGUUGAGCAGGACACAUUUGUAAAAUCAGGGGGAGUAGUAGUGUUUGCAAACUGAGCACGAAAGCAGCACAACUGACAUGACCUUUUCAUUAGGUCCACUAGUGAAACUGAAUUAAUUUUAACAGUCUUGCGGUAAAUGUUAGCUUUAUAAAUGUUACGGUGUAUUGGAUAUGUUUAAAAUAACUGAGAGCUGUUGAGAUGUGUUUUCAUUAUGGAGGCUGUAGUUUAUAGAACUGUUGAACUGAAACGUGUGGCCACAUGCUUGUGUUAUUUUGUCGAGCCCAUUUUAGUCAGUGGGCUAAACUAAGUACCAGAAACACUUCACUGUUUAAUCCAAUCCAGUUUAACAGCACCAUAAACUACAUCCUCCGCAAUGACCAUCCAGCUGACUCACACCUUAUCUUAAUGCUUUUUCUUCCACGUAAACUGAACACUACUACAACAGUCAUGAAGCAAAGGUUUAGUGCAGGACGUUUAUGUUUGUUGUCGCUUGUGUAACCAGAGUUAGACACAUGCUGUUUGCGGACAUUUAAAAUAAUCCAGGGAGUGAGGAAAAGAUGCAUUGAAAUAAGUUCGACACGUCAAUGAUUAGCAUUUGCAAACAGAAAAGAUAAGGGGAUGGUAGUAAAAGAAUAUUUAUAAGAUGUACUGAAAUCACUCUGGAGUUGUCUGUCUGAACUGGCUCACGGGUUUGGUCCAUUAUGACACAAAGCAUGUUUCAUUAAUGCUUCGAUCGUGCCAAAUACGUUCACACAAAUUAUGAGGCAAGUGUUUGUGGGAGCUGAGGGUGAUGAGUGGGUAAGAGCUAGUAAGAGAUCGAUGGGUGGGCAAAAAAAGCCCUGCAGGUAUUUCUUAAAAACAUUGCACUGUAAUUUAUUAGUAUUAUUUUUAUUGUUCAUUAGUAGAUCAAAAAUUAAAAGGGAGAAUUUGGGAAUUUUUACGAUCAUGAGCUAAAUCUCUUAAAUUAAUGUGUUUUACUGAUUUCUGGACCAUUGACGAAACACUGUAAGCUAUAACAAAUUACCCCGUGUUUUUCAAACACAAUCUGACCUCUUUCUAAAGUACUUGAUAAAGACUUGCUCUUUUGUAAUACAGUUUUAAUACCAUUCAGCCAAUGUUAGCGUUUCAUUUUUUUCUCAUAAAAUAAAACAUGUCAGUAAACAAGAAUAGA